UCAAGAUCACCUUAUCCAGCUAUAAAAGACAUCACUGGCUACUGCUUCUUGGGACACGUUUCUCAUGCUGUGGAAUUGCAAGCCACAAGCCAGGGCUUUCAGAUAUGUGGGUCACAAGGAUGUUGUAACCAGCGUGCAGUUUUCCCCACUUGGAAACUUGUUGGCAUCUGCUUCACGGGACAGAACUGUUAGACUCUGGAUUCCUGAUAAGAGAGGGAAAUCCUCUGAAUUUAAAGCUCAUACAGCUCCAGUUCGAAGUGUAGACUUUUCAGCUGAUGGCCAGUUUCUAGCUACAGCCUCUGAAGACAAAUCCAUCAAAGUAUGGAACAUGUAUCGCCAGCGUUUCUUAUACUCCUUGUACCGACAUACACACUGGGUACGCUGUGCCAAGCACUUUCUAUAAGAUGUGAUUGUGGAACAGUGUUUUGGAAAAGUGGGAGAUGUUGCUGAAUCCAGUGAUACGCACUCAAG